UGAUCAUAUACGCGAUUGCGAAAGACUUGUGCAAUUGGGUUUCAGAGGCACACAAUUGGGGAAAGCUAGAAAUGGCUGGAAAUAUGGAGGACACAAGAUGGUCUCUUCGCGGAAUGACUGCUCUAGUCACCGGUGGAACAAAAGGAAUCGGUUUUGCAAUAGUGGAGGAAUUGGCAGGACUGGGCGCAAGCGUGCAUACAUGUUCUCGAAAUGAAGCAGAGCUUGAAAAAUGCUUACGAGAAUGGGAGAGCAAGGGUUGUCGAGUCACUGGUUCAGUCUGUGAUUUAACAUCUCGAACCCAACGAGAAACUCUAGUCACCAAAGUUUCAUCUUUGUUCAAUGGAAAACUUAACAUCCUGAUAAACAAUGUUGCGAGGGUGAUAUGGAAGUCAACGGUAGAGCUCACAGCAGAUGAUUUCUCAUCUAUGAUGAGCACCAAUGUUGAAUCCGCUUAUCACAUGUGCCAACUUACACAUCCUCUUCUCAAAUGUUCAGGAAGAGCAAACAUUGUUUUUAUAUCUUCUGUUGCUGGUGUAUUAGCUGUAUAUGUUUCUGGAUCUGGAUCCAUAUAUUCUGCAACUAAAGGAGCAGUGAACCAACUUACAAAGAAUUUGGCAUGUGAGUGGGCGAAGGACAAUAUAAGAGUUAACGCUGUUGCACCCUGGUUCAUUCGUACAGAGCUCGUCAAAACUUUACUUGAUGAUAAAAAACUAGAGGAGGCUGUUAUCUCUCGAACUCCAAUGGGUCGUGCUGGAGAGCCCGAAGAAGUCUCUUCUUUAGUUGCAUUCCUAUGUCUACCUGCAGCAUCUUACAUGACUGGACAAACUAUUUGUGUCGAUGGAGGGACAACCGUAAAUGGGUUCUCAUUCCCAUAAACACUGGCCUCAAGAUACCUCGGAGGCAUACCACAUCUAGGAUCUCCUUUUAUUACUGCUUCCCUAAACCCAUAAAUAUUAUCAGCUAAAACCAACGGACAUUGAAAAAUAUCCAUAAUCAUUAGUCUGUGGGUUGGGUGUUGUGUUGUGUCGGAUAAACCAUUACAACCGACUUUUAUGAUAUAUAAUUAUCUAUUAGUUGUAUAAA